CAUCUGAAGAAGCCACCUAUAACUACACCUUGGAUCUUCCAGCGUCGAUGAAUCACAGAUGAACAUGGAGGCCAGUGUGAGGUAAGGAUCGCCUCUCAGAGAGACAAGAGACCACCUGGCUUCAAAUCACACACAUCACAUAUCUCAGGGACAGGGGAAGCAACUUUGAAAAAGAAGUCUGGCUUUCGGACCAUAGACCCCUUCUUUCCAUGCUUCUCACCACCGCCCAGUUCGUCGCAACCAUGAUCGCCUCGUCCUGGCUCAAACAGUCGAUCAUCACGGUGCUCUGCGUCCUCGGCAUCCCCUCGUACCUCUCCGCGCCGAAGCCCAUCUCGGUGCACCUGGGCGGGCAAUCGAGCAUCACCGUGCCCGCCAAUCGGGCCGUCGUCUCCCUGCACAUCUACGCCGAGGGGCCCAAGCAGGACAAGGUCGCCGACGAGGUGCGCCGGACCGCCGACGACGUCCUGGCCACGCUCCGACCGCUCGCGCAAGUGCAGACCACCCAAUUUCCCACGGUCAACGCGUCGUCGUCGUCGUGCCCAAGUGGCGACAUCGAGGAUGAGCCGGCCGUGGUCGACUUCUCCGUGACCACGUUCCGCAGCUACUCGUGGCAGAAGCCCGGGUCGCUGCUGUCGCGCGAGGCGCCGCAGUACCAGGCCAGCGUGGAGAUCGAGGCCGAGUUCCGCGCCUUCGACCCGCUGGGCGCGCUGCUGGCGCAGGUCUCCAAGACGCCCGCGGCGUCGGUGCAGUCGCUGAAGUGGACGCUCGACGACGCGACCAAGCGGCGCCUGUUCGCCCGCUGCCGCUCCGAGGCCAUGGUCGACGCUCUCGACAAGGUGCGCGCCUACGUCCGGCCCCUCGGCAUGGACAAGGUUCGUGCCAUCCGCCUCACCGAGACCCAGCAGCACCGCCGCAGCCGGCCCGUCGUGUGGGGCGACGUUGACGGCCUGCGCUUCCAGCGCCACGCCGCCCCCCAGCACGAUCUGCUCGCCGCCGAGCACGACGAGCAUGCCGCCCAGACGGACGGGUCGGCCGACGUCGCCGAGACGUUUGGGCUGGAGCCCGGAACGUUGGAGCUCGUCGCGCAGGUCGAAGGUGAGUUCUGCGCGUGGAAGACGGGCUUGGAGGCCUGGUUUAGGAGGGGCGGCGUCUGAGGGAGCCUUGCUUGCUACCAUGUCAUUCAUAUCACGUUUGUCGUUGUCGCGAAACCCGGGUAUAUAGGAAAGCUUCUCCUUAUCUGCAGAGGCAACUGCAAGGGACUCAGUUCUCGGCUUUGUCUUUCGAUCACAGGAGCAAUGCGUUGGUUUCAUUUCCUUCCAUUCCUCGUGCAAGGGCCGGGAUUAAUGCAGAAUCACUCCCAUUAGCAGAGAGUCGGCGCUUUCCCCGAAUCUGAAACGAAUCCUCAAGAGAGGCCUUUAGAGAGCCC